AUGCCUAACUGGAAAGACCUUUUCACCAACAAAGACCGCCGGGGUUUCCCCGAGGUCGUGGUGCCUCUCGCCCAAGGCUCUGCGCCGCAGAAGCCCAAAGACGAAUCCGACAGCAGCCCUGACCGAGCUUCCCUCCAGGAAAAGGGUGCUAGCGGUGCUCACGGUACCACGUUGACUUUGGAAGCUCUCCGAGCCGAAGUUGAAGAUAGUAUUGCCGCUACCGGCCACGAUACUGUUUAUGAUCGCAAAGCGAAGGUCAUUAACAGAGCUGUUCAGGACAUUGGUAUGGGUCGCUAUCAAUGGGGACUGUUCAUUCUGUGUGGAAUGGGCUGGGUUGCCGACAAUCUGUGGUUGCAGGGUGUUGCGCUCACUCUGACCCCUGUCUCCAUGGAAUUCGGUGUCUCUGAGACCGAAUCUCGGUUUGCGACAUGCUCGCUCUUUGUGGGUUUGAUUAUUGGUGCUUCCUUCUGGGGUAUUGCUUCCGAUGCCAUUGGUCGUCGCCCUGCCUUCAACAUGACUCUGGGCAUUUGUGGUACCUUUGGUCUCGCCGCUGGCGGUGGUCCCAACUGGGUUGGAACUUGUGCCCUGUAUGCCUGCCUGGGUCUUGGUGUCGGUGGAAACCUGCCCGUCGAUGCCGCCAUCUUCCUGGAAUGCCUGCCUCCUAACUCGGCCAACAUUUUGAGUGGACUGGCCACCUGGUGGUCUGUCGGUACUCUGAUUGCCAGUAUGCUCGCCUGGGCUUUCAUCCCUAACUUUUCGUGUGAAACGGCUGCGAACUGCACCAAGGCCGACAACUGGGGCUGGAGAUACCUUAUCCUCACGCUAGGUGCCAUUACCUUUGUCAUGUUCCUUUGCCGUUUCUUCUUCUUCACCCUGUACGAAUCGCCCAAAUUCCUCGUGUCCCGUGGUCGUCAGGAUGAGGCCGUGGCUGCAGUUCAGGGCAUUGCCUACAAGAACAAGACCACCACCUGGCUCACCGAAGAAAUUUUGAACGAGAUCGGCGGAUACCCGGAAGUGAACAAAAAACAAUCUCUGUCCACCAUCGAGAUUAUCAAGAGAUCCUUCGAGCGCUUCUCGGUCCAGCAAGUUAAGCCGCUGUUCAGGACCAAGCGCCUUGGCAUUUCCACUAUCCUCAUCUGGUUCUGCUGGACCUGCAUCGGCAUGGGCUACACCCUGUUCAACGCUUUCCUCCCCCAAUACCUAAGCGCCAACUCCACCACCUACGAGACCUACCGCAACUACGCCAUCACCGCCGUCUGCGGUAUCCCCGGCCCACUCCUCGCCUGGUUCCUAGUCGAUGUCAAGUACAUCGGCCGCAAGGGCACAAUGGCCGCCUCGACCGCGAUCACAGGUGUCCUUCUCUUCUGCUUCACAGCUUCCAAGGACCCUAACAUUCAGCUCGUAUGCUCUGCGUUGGAAUCUUUCUUCCAGAUGAUCAUGUACGGUGUUUUGUACGCCUACACGCCCGAAGUGUUCCCUGCGCCGAACCGUGGUACCGGAUCUGGUAUCGCCAGUUGUUUGAACCGUAUUGCGGGACUCAUGGCUCCGAUUAUUGGCAUCUAUGCGAAUACUGAUCCGGUUACCCCGAUUUAUGUUGCGGGUGCACUGCUUCUGGCAUCUUUCGUGGCGAUGAUAUUCUUGCCCAUUGAGACGCAGGGAAAGCAGUCUAUGUAA